GAAGGACUUCUUUAUCAGGGCAACGUAUAGCUGAAUCAAACGUAAAUAUAACGUAAUCGUCGCACGUGGCAAAAUAUCUCGAUUGGCGACACGGUAAAGAACAUAAGAAACCAUUGACAUCGAGUUUACUCAGCUUUUGCCAUCGAUCAUUUGAUUUAAAAAAUUACUUCCACAAUAAUUCCUACGAUAGCGUUAUCUCGAAAGGAAGAAAUUUGCAUAAAGGCGUGAGUAUAUAAAAUCGCUGGUAUCUAAACAUGUGGUAUCAUAAACUAAAGCGAACUCGUAGCGAAAUCAUCUAAAAAUCGACCAUGUCUCGUUUCGUCAUCCUUCUCGUCCUCCUAACUACAGCAAUGGCCGUGCCCGCAAAUGAGGAAUUUCGACCGUUAGUCAAGUGCCCUCACAACGAGUUGUGGUCGUGGUGCGCGAAAAAUUGCGAACCAACUUGCAAGGUUCCCGUACCGAAUGAGAAGACUUGUCCAGAAUUGGUGUGUAAUCCCAAGAAAGCCGCGUGCAGGUGCAAGGAAGGUUUCGUCCGAAAUGAAAAGAAAGAAUGCGUCAAGCUCGAGAAGUGCAAAAAGAAGUUUGUUGAAGUGUGAAUGACAGGUCUGUAUUAAAUCUAUGAUUAAUAAUAAAUAUCAUGGGUCGAAAAGCAUCGUCUGUCUCGUGCUGCGUAUCUUUCGAGAGAGUACGAAUCGAAAAGGUGUCUUUACGAUAUCUAAGCUCUAUUAAAAAAAAAAAAAAAAAAAAUCGCGUCACUCCAUUUAAGUCGAAGUUCUCUGAACGCAUUGUCUAUCCAAACUCGCCUCGACAAGCGGGCGCUGUGGAAUCGUGCAACGUAUCGGAUAUACACAGGCGUUAGAAAGCAAGUUUAUCGAAACUACACGCUCGAUAUCCAUCUCAACAUUCUAACAAAACCGGAAUGUCUCGUUCACGCUGUGGCAACUUCCGUGACGAGCUGAAUUCGAAAGCAAAAGUCUAGCAUGCAACAGCCUCCCACUCGCGUAUCGAACCCCUAACCGGACAGUGCACUUUGGAAACGUUUCACCCACGUCUUCCGAGGAGAUAAGCGACAAUUUUGCAAGGGGUAGAUGAGCAAAAUUUUAUUCGAACAGCGAUCAAUAGAUGCGCGCCAUAGUCAUUCCUUUUCUAGAUUUAAAUCACCGGAUUCACAGGUUUUUUUUUUUUAUACAAUCAGACAAUAUGAUUCCAUCUCCCAUCGAGCCGAUAAAAGAAAGAGCCGAGAGUAAUUGAAUCCAGAGUACAAUCAAGUUCUCCAUUUAUUAAUUUCGUUUUGUGUUCGCAUUAUCAUUUAUAUCGCGAAAGUGACACAUCUGUCCAUGUUUUAUUCAUUACUCGAAAUUUUUAUGUAGAUAAGAGUUUUACCCGUCUCUGUUGUACGGUCUCGCGAACGAACCUAAUCGAGCCCGGGGCUCAGACGGCUCGCAAAUGGCGCGAGUCUCAUCGAUCUUUAUUCGCUUCUCCGACAGUUCCAUCAUCCAUUUGUAGACGCGAAAAGAAAGACGCCGGGUCUGCGAACACCGCGUUGCGUAAUACGUUAGGCGAAAUGCAAAUCGCGCGUCUUGGAGAACUACGAUGUGUCAUCUGACGACUGACAUCGAUCGGAAAUUGUCUUUCCACGCAUAUGGUACUCGCGUUGAAUCACAAUUUUUGCCGGGCUUUGUUCCACGAUUCCAUGUACCGUUCCGCACGUCGACUGGCGCAUGUCACGGGCCGAUCACGGACGAGGAUAUUCUUUUACAGUUUCUUUCAAAAUGUAGUUAGAACGAAUCACAGGGAGAAUUAUAUCUGGCACGAUGAAAUUAAACGAAGGAUUAAAUUAUCGCCAUUAUCCAAGAGGAACAAGGCCAAAUAUUUUACAUUACCAACGAAACAUUACCAACGGGACACAUUACCAACGGUGUUUAAAUUAGCGUUUACAUGCAUUGAAGUCUCCACGAAUAUACAAGAUGUGUUUUAGUACGAUGCUUCCUGAGUAAUCGAACGAGGAGCCCGCACGCCAUGUUUUGGAACAUACGAGUACACUCUUGUAUUAACCCUUUGCACUCGAGAGGUGACACUCAGUCACCAUUAGGCUUCACGCAGCAAAUCUACAAUACCUAAUAUUUCUUUAGAUUUAGUUUCUUUGAAACUCGAGGUGUCAAUAAAAUGGCAAAAGGUUAACCCGGAUCGAAUCAAGGAUUAAAAGUGGUUUUCGUGGCAUCGUUGCUCGAAAUUCUUAUUCCAGGCGAGUCUUUCAUCGAUUUCUGCGCGCGUAUCGUUCCCAGGCGUAAAGCAUACCUUCGAAGAGCUUACAUAAGCCGUCCACUGACUGGGUUUCGCUACCUUGAAGUCGGACGUUGCCGCUGUCUCCUGCAAAUCGCUGCACGCCGGCGUAUGCAUCGAACGUUCUUUACAGCCGACUGGCAAUCAAGCCUCGCGACGCACGAACGGGGAACGACGGAGGACGCCGACAAUGCCGACGGAUAGAUUUCAGUA